CUUCACUAUCCUGUUGAAUUUUUCUUCUCGUACAUAGACGAUCUAUACGCUUCGAAUAGAGAUUCUGGAUUUCCUCAACUUCAGAUUUUACAGUCUUCCCUCAUUUUCUGUCAUACAUUUGAAGAAUCUUUCCUUUUCUCCUUACUCGCGAUAGAUAUCACAUUAGAGACUCCAAAAUGCCGCCAAUUGUCCACUGUGUUCGCCACGCGCAGGGCGUCCACAACCUCAGCACAGCAAACCACGUCAUCCACGAUCCUUCCCUGACCGACCUCGGAAACGAACAAUGUCGCAUCCUUCGCGACAAAUUCCCCUUCCAUGAUCGGAUCGAGCUGAUCACCGCGUCGCCCCUCCGACGGACCAUCUACACCGCAUACCAGAGCUUCCAGCCCGUGUUCGAGAAACACAAGGAUAUGAAGAUCGUGCUGCUGCCAGAUGUGCAAGAAACCAGUGACGUUCCCUGCGAUACGGGGAGUGACCCAGAGGUUCUGCGGAAGGAGAUGGAGAAGCAGGGAAUCCCCGUGGAUAUGAGUUUAGUGCAGGAGGGAUGGAAUAGCAAGACUGGUCGCUAUGCGCCAACCAACGAGGCGAUCAAGAGCCGGGCGCGUGAGGCGCGGCGCUGGUUGAAGGAGAGGCCGGAGAAGGAGAUCGUUGUCGUCACCCAUGGUGGUUUCCUGCACUAUUUCACGGAGGACUGGGAGGAUAGUAGUGUUUACCAGGGAACCGGUUGGAGCAACACCGAAUACCGCAGCUUCGUCUUCUCCGACGAGACACACAAAGAUGACCUGGAAGGCUACCCAUUAGACGGCGACAAUGCGACAAUGGUUGAGACAGUGGAGUCGCGCCAUCGCCGUGGUAAGGACGGCCCGAUGCUAGACCGUGAGAGACAAAAGACACUGUACAAGCUUGGCACACAAGGAUGGGAUGACCAGGGCUUGCAACUGAGCACAGCCGAGCGAGAGCAUGCCACAGUUCCGGAGGGCAAGGAGGUCGAGGGUGUCAGAGUCUGAGACGUUGGACUUGUACUUGGCAGAGUUGGCUGCUGCAUGAUUGGACUGAAGAUAGAUCUAGACGAAAAUAGAUGCAAAAUAGAAGGCAAUCC